AUGUCCGGAAAGGUUCCAUCCUCGAAAAGCCAAGCGGCCAAGAAAACCGCCGGCAAAUCUCUAGGUAUCCGUUACCGCCGCAAGAAGCGUAUUGAAAGUUUCUCUCUAUACAUCUACAAAGUGUUGAAGCAGGUGCACCCCGAAACUGGUGUGUCGAAGAAAUCCAUGUCUAUCAUGAACUCAUUCAUCAACGACAUUUUCGACCGCAUGGCUCUCGAGGCUACCAGACUUAUCAGGUACAACAAGAAGAGCACACUCAGCUCACGUGAAAUUCAAACCGCCGUACGUCUCCUAUUACCUGGUGAGCUCUCCAAGCACGCCGUGUCUGAAGGGACCAAGGCCGUCACCAAGUACACCACCUCUGGAGCAUAA